AUGACUUUAUUUGGCACCGACGCCAAGAAACCCCCUGCAAACUUGGGUACAACCGGUGUAGGCGGUAAUAUGCCUCAAUCUACCAAUGGUUCUCAAUUCGACGGCACAGGAGGCGAGUGUGAGAAAGAGAGCUCCCCCUUGAUUAGCGGUUCUGUUCCAAUAGCAAUUUGCGGCAUGUCCUGUCGUUUGCCGGGAGGACUGACGACGCCUCAACAGCUCUGGGAUUUCAUUGUAGACAGAGGUGAUGCUCGCACCAGGGUUCCCGAAAGCAGAUACAAUGCCGACGCCUUCUACUCGCCUACGGCCAAGCCGGGCGCAGUAGUCACUAAAUAUGGGUAUUUUUUGGAUGAGAGUGUCGACUUAGGGGCCCUCGAUACGUCAUUCUUCUCAAUGCAGCGAGCUGAUCUCGAGGCCACAGACCCCCAGGAACGCCUCAUGUUGGAGCUCACCAGAGAAUGUAUCGAAGAUGCCGGCGUGACCAACUGGCACGGGAGGAACAUAGGAUGUUACAUUGGGAAUUUUGGCGAAGACUGGCUAGAAAUCUCAAAUCAGGAGCCGCAACGACGUGGCGGAUACAAGACGGCUGACUUUAUGAUUUCGAAUCGUAUAUCCUAUGAAAUGGGUUGGCGGGGACCAAGUAUGACUGUGCGCACAGCAUGCUCAGCAGCCUUAGUGGGACUUAAUGAAGCAUGUCUGGCUCUCGCGCGCGGCGACUGUGAGGCAGCGCUCGUUGGGGGUUCUAAUCUUAUUAUGACCCCGAGCUUGGCCAGUCUUCUCUCGAACCAGGGGGUUUUAUCGAAAGAUGGCUCCUGCAAGACCUUCUCGGCCGAGGCUGAUGGCUAUGGGCGGGGCGAGGCGCUGGUUGCAGUGUAUAUCAAGCCAUUGCGAAGUGCGCUACGAGACGGUAAUCCAAUCCGCGCAGUCAUUAGGGCAACAGGAACGAAUCACGAUGGCAAAACUCAAGGAAUUUUUCAACCUAGCGCAGACGCACAGGAGGCUCUUAUUAGGCAAACAUACCAAUCUGCUGCCAUCUCGGAUUUUGGAGAAACGGCAAUGAUCGAGUGUCACGGAACUGGUACGCCUACAGGUGACCCAAUCGAGACAAAGGCUAUCGCUCGCGUUUUCGGCCAGGCAGGCGUAUACAUCGGCUCUGUCAAGCCCAACGUCGGACAUUCAGAGGGUGCCUCGGGCCUCACGUCUUUAAUCAAGAUGGUCCUUGCUCUGGAGCAUCGGAUAAUUCCUCCAAAUAUAAAGUUCAAGACACCGAAUCCGGCCAUCCCCUUCGACGAGGGGAAUUUAGUCGUCCCAACAGAUCCCAUCGCCUGGCCGCAAGACCGGCUCGAGCGUGUUAGCAUCAACUGUUUCGGAGCAGGGGGUACAAAUGCUCAUGUAAUCCUCGAGUCCGCUCGCGGUUUCCUGGGCCAAGAAGUGCCGUCGCCAGUCACAUCACCACAGUUGCUCUUAUACUCUGCUACCACUUCUAAGUCUCUCGCCAGGCUGAGUAGCCAGUACCAGGAAUGGCUCAGUGUCAACUACCCCAAAGUCGGAGAGUUGGCUUCCACAUUAGCUCACAGAAGGACACAUCUCCCGCUGCGAACCUUCGCUGUCGCAUACGACGGCAUUGUGGAACAGUCCCAGCAGAACAGCCUUAAGUCAUCUCCGAACCAUAAAGUCGUGAUGGUCUUCACUGGCCAAGGCGCACAAUGGCCAGGGAUGGGAAGAGAACUACUCCAGUCCGAAGGGGUCUUCCGGAAUACGAUCCGUUCACUAGAUCAACACCUGAAGCAGGUCACGGGAAGUUCAGUCUCGUACUCACUUGAAGGAGAGCUACUCAAAGGACCAGAUGAAAGCCGCUUGCGCUUGGCAUCCAUAUCGCAGCCCGUUUGUACUGCGGUACAAAUCGCUCUAAUCGAUACAUUCAGAUCUCUCGAUGUCAACCCUUGCGCUGUUAUUGGUCAUUCUAGCGGCGAAAUAGCGGCAGCAUAUGCAGCUGGGGCCCUUGAUGCCUCUGAGGCUAUCGCCAUUGCACACUACCGUGGGGUUGUCGCUGAGUCUCAAAAGAAGAAAGGCUCUAUGGCGGCAAUCGGACUAGAUCCCGAACUAGCUAAUGCAUACCUCCGCUCAGGAGUGUGUAUCGCAUGCCAUAAUUCCCCUGAUAAUGUCACAAUCUCUGGCGAUGCAUCGGCAAUCAAUGAUAUUGUAACCGAUAUCCAAUCUACAGCUAAAGACGUCUUGAUAAAGAUGCUACCCGUUGAUAAGGCAUACCACUCUCCGCACAUGGCGGAAGUUGGUAAGGAGUACCACUCAAUGAUUGAGAAGAUUCGCCCGCGCAAACCUCGUGUGCCGUUCUUCUCAAGUGUGACAGGGGACAUCAUAGGAGAUGACCAACAAUUGAAUGCUCGGUAUUGGCAAGACAACCUAGAAAACCCGGUGUUGUUUCGGGAAGCAAUCGGCUCGAUACUGCAAAAACAUGACGGGCAAGAUAUCAUCUUUCUUGAAAUUGGCUCGCAUUCCGCGUUGAGGGGUCCCCUUGUCCAAAUCUGCAAAGCUCGCUCUGCAAUAUCAUAUCAGUACAUUGCCUCCAUGAGAAAAAAUUGGAAUACGGCCAUCACAUUCCUUAAUGCAAUAGGAACUCUGUUUAGCCUAGGAGUCCAAAUGAAGUUGGAUUCGAUGAUACCUCGCCGUCGCUGUUUGCCCGACCUGCCGCGAUACCCAUGGAACCACGAGGAGAGUUACUGGACAGAGCCGCGCGUCAGCAGGGACUGGCGGCUUAGAAAGCACAAUUACCAUAAUCUCUUAGGUGUCAGAAUACCCCAGAAUACAGAUCUUGAGCCAGCCUGGCGCAAUCUUCUUCACAUCGAAAAUGUGCCUUGGAUGCGAGACCACAAAGUCGGUGACAACAUUGUUCUCCCUUUUACCGGGUUUCUCUCAAUUGCUGGCGAGGCGAUUCGACAGAUUAGUGGUGAAGAGCGAGGCUACAGCAUACGCGAUAUCAGCGUCGACAUAGCAUUGGUCGUGAUUGAGGGAUCAGCGACAGAAGUGGUCACAACUCUUCGCCCACACUAUCUCUCAAAGUCACAAGAGAGUGGCUGGUGGGAUUUCACAAUCGCGUCGUUCAAUAACCACGUCUGGACUAGGCAUUGUAAGGGUCAAGUAACGCCAUUGGCAACGGCUUUGCCUCGGAACCAAUCUCCAAACGAUACGCUCCCCAAAAAGGUUGAUGCCCACAGCUUGUAUAGAGGUAUGCAAAGGGUUGGUGUUAACCUCGGACCAAGCUUCCAAACUCUGCAAAACAUGGAGGUAUCUACUGAAUCAGAUUCUGUAGCAAGGGGGAAUGCUGCUUGUCAAGGAGUAGAAGACGAAGCAGAUUACCAUGUCCAUCCUACGAAACUCGAUGUUAUCUUCCAGUUGCCGAUUGUUGCUGCAGUUAACGGGCGCAUUAGGCUCCUGAAGAAUUGGAUUCCAGUCAGCGUCGAGCGGCUGAGUGUUCUUCGGUGCAAGUCGGCCAUUGUAGGCAAUCUAUCUUCCAGGAUGACUAGUAACGGGUCGCUCUGUGCAGAAGGCUACUGCGUCUCAUCUGAUGGAACUACUGUCGUCGAGGUAUCAGGGGUUAGGCUCUCCCGCGCAGACGGUAGCACGUCUAGUGACAUCCAAGACACGCACGGCGCAGCCCGUCUAGAAUGGGCGCCCAGUUUGGAUUACUUGUCAAAGCAGGAUUUGAUGCGCUCAAUUGAGGGACAAGAGAGGCUAUGUCCUUUGAUCCUUCUGCAGCAUCUGAGUCAUGUCAAUCCCAACCUCCAAAUCCUAGAGUUGGGGGUGGGAAACAGAUCCCUAUUAGACGAUAUUGAAGAUUACCUCACUAGUUCCAAAAAUCGCAUCUCGUUCUCCAAAUUUACCUCAACGUUAUCACACACAAGAAGCAGAAAUACUUCGAACUCCGAAACACAUGAAAUUGAACACACGACAUUCGAUAUAAAGGGAGACUUGAACUCCCAAGGUUUUGAGGCGCGCGAGUUCGACUUUAUCAUGAUUCGAAAUGGAUCGAUCUCAUUUGAUCAUACAAGGGCUGUACUUCAAAACCUCAAGAAGAUUAUCAGUCCAGGUGGGCGAAUUUUCAUCGAAGAAGCCCCAGAAGAGUGGAAAGUUUCUCUCGAGCGUUCCGCUUCACGUCAGAACGGGUACUAUACUGACGAAAAUGUGCCCUCGGAAUGCCUGAGGGCGAGGUUCUCCUGUGGAUCUGAUAUCAUAAUCGGCCCAACUGACAUCCAGCACUUGACUGGCACGGCGGAUAUGCACCAAGAUACGCCCUCAUACGCUAAACAGGUCACAUUCCUUCGUGCUAACUCAAGUGCUGCACCGACGACAUUGAUGAAGCAAUUCCAAAGCGAAGGUUAUGCAGUUAGCAGCUGCACUUUAUCAGAUCGACCCCUACUAGGACAAGACGUUAUCUCGCUUCUCGAUGAAGAAAAGCCAUUCUUCGAGGGGAUAGAAAAGGAACAGUAUGAUUCUUUGAACACGUUUCUCCAGAUCCUGCAAGAUAACGGCCUUUUCUGGAUAACGCAACACUCGCAGAUGGGUUGUUCUGAUCCCAGAUAUAGCCCAGUAAUCGGCCUAGCACGCACCCUGCGCUCAGAGAUGCAACUAGACUUCGCAACCUGUGAGGUUGACAGUUUUGAGUCUGAACCGGGGCUGCUCGUUCGGAUCUAUGAGCAGUAUCGAGAACGUUGUCGAUCCGAUUCCAUGAAACCGGAUUUUGAGUAUGCAAUCAAAGACGGGGUAGUUCACAUUGGUAGGUAUCAUCCAUUCAGGCUUAAAGAUCAAAUGGUGAUCUCCAACCUCAAUGAUCGCGUUGCCCUCAAUUUCGACAUCCCAGGACGUCUGAACACCCUAAGGUGGGCGAAGGUACCUCGCGAGAGACUUGGUCCCGCCGACGUAGAAAUAGAGGUUCAUGCUACUGGACUAAAUUUCAAGGAUGUUGCCGUUGCGAUGGGAUUAUUUGAAUUGCCAACUCGCCAACUUGGUCUAGAGGCAGCUGGCAUAGUCACGCGGGUCGGCGAAGACGUCGAGACGGUGAAAGUUGGCGAUCGAAUUUGCUGUGCGCAUCCACAUUCAUUUUCCUCGGUGAUCGUCUCUCCAGAGGAUCUAUGCGUACGAAUACCCGAUGCCAUUAGUUUCGAUGAGGCCGCGACUAUGCUUAUUCCGUUGGCUACGGCCUUGCAUUCUCUAAUCAGCGUUGGACGACUUGAGAAGGGUCAGUCUGUCCUAAUUCACAGCGCGUGCGGCGGCGUUGGCCUAGCAGCUAUUCAGGUAGCGAAGAUGGUAGGCGCCGAGAUCUAUGCGACUGUUGGUAGCGACGCAAAGGCUGCAUAUCUUCUAGAGAACUACGAGAUCUCCAAAAACAGGAUCUUCGAUUCCCGGAGCAGCUUGUUUUUGUCAGGCGUUAUGCGCGAAACAGAAAACAAGGGGGUCGACGUGGUACUCAACUCUCUUUCGGGAGAACUUCUACACGCUUCAUGGGAAUGCGUCGCAGAAUUUGGUACCUUGAUAGAGCUUGGAAAACGAGACUUACUGCAAAGCGCGAAACUUGACAUGAGGCCAUUUAUAGCUAAUCGCAAUUACUGCUGCGUUGGGCUUGACCAUCUCCUAACGAAGAAGGGUAUCAGGAAACGAUUGCUGCAUUCAGUCUUCGAAAAUUACGACAAAGGUCAUAUCAAGCCUAUCCAUCCCAUCACGAUGUUUGAUGCAUCGCAGAUUCAAAGCGCCUUUCAGACGAUGCAGAAAGGCACACAUAUCGGACGCUUCGGUGUCUCGAUGGCUACGGACCUAACCUGUGACGUAAAGCCUAGGCUAGAGAUUCCAAAGUUCGACGAAAAUGCAUCCUUUCUCUUGGUCGGCGGCACCGGAGGCAUCGGACGUGCCCUUUCGGCUUUCAUGGCAGAGAAUGGUGCCAAGGAGCUGAUCUUUCUGUCGCGCAGCGCUGGUCUUAAACCCGCAGAUACAGACCUUUUUCUUGAGCUCCAGAGCAUGGGGUGCAAUGUGAUAUUUGCAAGGGGAGACGUUUGUGACGAAGCUGCAGUUUCGUCAGCUCUCCUGAAAGCCACCAGACCAAUUAAAGGAAUCGUUCAGCUUUCGAUGGUACUCCGAGACCAGAAUUUCUCGGACAUGACGUUUGAGCAGUGGGCUGAGGCGACAGCUCCUAAAAUCAAAGGAACAUGGAAUCUUCACCACGUUACGACUUCCAAAGGAAUUGCUCUCGACUUCAUGGUGCUGUGCGGCUCGAUCUCCGGUCACAUUGGACAGCCCGGCCAGGCAAACUACGCCAGCGCGAACACCUUCCUCGACGCCUUUGCGCAGUACAGAAAUAAUAUUGGUCUAGCGGCAUCGGUAAUUGAUAUCGGAGCAGUGGAAGAUGUCGGCGUGCUAGCCCAGAACCCGAGCUUGUUAGCACGCAUGAAAGCCGAUGGACUGCACGCCCUAAACGAACAAGAGCUCCUGGAUGCCUUAGUAUAUGCCAUACUCCGACCUAAGCCGUCAACAAUAUCCCAUGAGAAGUCAAGUAGCCCCUACCGUCAUCCCAACAGUUUCGUGGUCGGCCUUGGGCCGGUUGUGCCGCCCACAGUAAGGAAGAGGGACAGACGAAUGGCUGCAUUUAGCAAGGAUACCAGCGACGAAAAGGAAGAGCUAGUCUCAAAUGAGCCGCUCAAAGACCUCAUAAGGAAAGCAGAUGAGCACCCAGCAGUUUUGAAGACGGAUGAAGCGGCGCAGAUCCUGAGCGUCGAGAUCGGGAAGAAAAUAGCGGAUAUGCUCAUACUACAGCCGGAAGUCGACGUGACGGCGACGAAUGUGCUGCUGAGAGAUCUCGGAAUGGACUCGCUCGUUGCAGUCGAGCUGCGCGCUUGGUGGAGGCAGGUCUUCCGGACUGAUAUCAGCGUACGCGAGAUCCUGGGCAUGGGAACGCUCGGCGCUUUGGGAAAGUUUGCGGCUGACGGGUUGCUGAAGGCAAGGACUUGA